AUGCAAGUUACUUUAUUUUGUUUUAUUAUAUUAAUCUUCAAUAUCGGAAAUCAUUAUAUCAAUGGUUUGGAUUGCUAUUCAUGUUUAAAUGUUGGGCAAAAUACAACUAAUUGUCAUGAUCCAUUCAAUACCAAUGGAACAUCAAUUAAAGUAGAUUCUGUAACAACUUCUGAUUCACUUUGUGUGAAAAUAGUUGGUAAACUUAGUGACAAUAACAGAUUUACUUUAAGAAAAGGUAAUGAAAAUGGAUGUCCACGAGGACUUAAUAGUAGUGAUAUUGUUGGAAAUACAAGUACUAUUCGAGUAGCUGAUUUGAAGAUUAAUUGUUGUAAUAAGCACUUGUGCAAUCAUGGGAUUAAUCAAAAAAAUAUUCAAUGGAAUAUAUCGUUUUUAAUUGCUUUUAUGUAUUUUUUUUCAUUGAUGUCUAUUUGA